AUGAUUUUGGAAGAUAACAUCCACCUCCAGAAGGCCAUCUCAAUUUGCCCCUGCCUAUUAGAAGCUCAGGCCAAAGUACCCCCUACAAGCUCAGAAGCCCCAGAGGUCUCCCAACCUCCUGCCGCUGCUGUUCUUCCAGUCAGUUACAAUCUUUCCAACACCCGCUUGGCAUUCUUCCUGAGAGAGACACGGCCGGUACUAAGAGGAAGCAAUACCCUUGGCUUGACCCAGUCAGAACCUUUUGUUGUGUUCCAAACCAAGAAACUACCUGUGCUCAACAUCUCUUUGGGACCGUUCAGCUCAGGCCUGGUGUUACCCAAGGAGCUCCUGCAGCCUUCAAGCACUCUGGAGAUACCAGAACGCCUGACAGUGAACUGGAAAGUACGGGCCUUCAUCGUUGGCACGCGGGUGCCAGCCAACCAACCCACAGCCCAGGUGCUAUUCUAUGUGGCCGGACGUGACUGGGAUGAUUUUGAUGUGACCGAGCAGCUGCCCUGUGUGCGACUCCACGCCUUCCGUGAGGCCCGUGAAGUCCGGGCCUCUUGCCGCCUUUGGGGUAGCCUGGCCACCUGCCUAGCCCAAGCUGAGCUUCCUCAAGCUUGGUUUGGACUUGCUGCCGUCCCCCUGGGGAGGAGGAAAAUGAUGGAGGACAUUGAACCACCUGGAGAUGUACAGCAAGUAGAACUCUAUUAUACGCUUCAUGCCCCCGAUGCAAUGGGGGAGUGUGGGAGCGAACCGAUGGGACGGAGAGGUGGGGCUGGUGCGCGGAUCGAAGGUCCCACCCAACACCCUCUCCUGCGCAUUGGCAGUCUGAGGCUGGUUCAGCCGCCACCCACCCAGCCCUUGCAGGAGCAGCGACUGGAUGACAGUAUCUUCAUCCGACUGCCUGAGAAACCUCUCAAACCAGGCGAGGUGCUCAGUGUCACCCUGUACUUGAUGGGCAACUCAACGGUUGAGCACUUCAUGCUUAGGGUGAAGGCCAAAAAAGGGGUGAACCUGCUCAAGACCAGAUCCAGUCACCACGAGUGGCUUGUGAAUUCAGAAUUUCAGACAGGCAGCAAACACUCCACUUCAACUGUUGAAGUUGCGUGGAUUGGUGGAAUUUUGCCCAGGGACCAGGACUCGCCCUAUGAGAUCAUGCAGCUGGACUUUGAAAUGGAGAACUUCACCAGCCAAUCAGUGACUCGACGCAUCAUGUGGCAUAUAGACUAUCGGGGUCGCAACCCACCACCCGAUUUGGAGAAGGCUGUGACUGAACUGACAGUAAUUCAGAGGGAUAUCUGUGCCAUCCUUGCCCUGGCCAUGGAUACAGAAAUCAUCAACACAGCCAUCCUCACAGGACGGACAGUUGCCAUCCCUGUGAAGAUCAUCGCCAUAGAGAUGACAGGAGUUAUCUUGGAUAUUUCAGCAAUGGCCAAAUGCAAGUCCAGCAAUGAGGACAUCAUCAAGGUAUCCAGCAGCUGUGACUAUGUCUUUGUGAGUGGCAAGGAGUCUAGAGGGUCCAUGAAUGCAGGUGUCUUCUUCAGCUAUGAGCACCUGAGUGCCCUCUUGGAAAUGACCGUUUGGGUCCCCAAACUCCCUCUUCAUAUUGAGCUGUCUGACCCACGCCUCAGCCAAGUGAAAGGAUGGCGAGUUCCCAUCUUACCUGAUCGGAGGUCCAUACGGGAGAGUGACGAUGAGGAGGAGGAAGAAGAACGGAGACAAAGCAGGGGCUGCACACUUCAGUAUCAGCAUUCCACCCUGCAAGUGUUCACACAGUUCCACACCACCUCCUCAGAGGGCACAGAUCAGGUGGUCACCAUGUUGGGGCCUGAAUGGAUGGUGGAGGUCACAGACCUAGUUGGUGACUUUAUGAAGGUUGACAACCCACGUGUGGCACACAUGGUCAAUAGCAAAACACUAGCUGGCAGGGAGCCGGGCACUACUUUGUUCAAGGUAGUUUCUCCACUUAUGGAAGCUGUCCUUGGUGAGACACCAGUGACUGUGGUUGAUGAGAAGGUUACCAUUGUGGAAUUGAAAGCUCAGGUGGUCUCAAACCUCUCCCUUUCCCUUCAUGCCAGCCCUGGGAAUAGCCACACCAUUGUGGCCAAGACAACAGCCCAGCAGAUUCUCAAUUUCUCCAAGCAGGAAGCUCUGCUCAGUCUCUGGGUGUCGUACAGUGAUGGCACAAUUGCUCCCCUCUCUUUGUAUGACCCAAAGGAUUACACUCUAGUGGUGACAAGCCAGGACAGGUCAGUGGUAUCGGUGAUGUCCGAGCGGACCUUCCCACUAGUGAGAGCUGAAGGGGAAGGGUCUGGCGAACUGAUCAGAGCUGAGCUGCUGAUAUGCGAGAGCUGUCAGAAGACCAAACGCAAGAGCGUGCUGGCCACCACAUUGGCCAAUGUCCGCGUGCAUUUCAGCUCUGAGGAGGAACCCACCUAUGACUAUGAGCCUGUCCAAACUCCUAGCCGACCUGGACGGGAGAAGAGUAUGCCUCGCACCACACCACGGGUGGAAGUAGAGUGGCCUCUGGUGCCAAGUCAGGAGAGUUGGGCACCCAGCGUUAUCCUUCCAACUGAGGACUUCCCAACCAUUCCCACUGGCUAUGUGCAAGUCCCUCGAGGACUCACAGACCUGGAAAUAGGCAUGUAUGCCCUGCUCGGUGUCUUCUGUUUAGCCAUUCUGGUGUUCCUUAUUAAUUGUAUUGUCUUUGUACUCAAGUAUCGGCACAAACGGAUCCCUCCAGAAGGACAAACCAACAUGGACCACUCCCACCACUGGGUCUUCUUGGGAAAUGGACAACCGUUACGGGCCCAGAAUGAUCUUUCUCCUCAGCCUGAAAGCCCAGGCAACCCACUGGAGAACGUGCAGACCUGCUGCCAUGGUGACCACCACAGCAGCGGCUCCUCGCAAACCAGUGUGCAGAGUCAGGUUCAUGGGCGAGGGGAUGGCUCUUCUGGGGGCUCCACCAGGGACCAGAGCGAGGACCCGCUCAAUUCUCCCACAUCCAAGCGUAAGCGUGUCAAAUUUACUACAUUUGCCACCAUGCCCUCUGAGGAACUGGCCUAUAAUUCUAUUCCUAUAGCAGACGAGGAGGACUUGGAGUGGGUCUGUCAAGACAUAGGGUUGCAGGAGCCCGAGGAGCUGCACAACUACAUCCAUAGGAUCAAGGAGAUUGCAUAAUGGGCCGGACCCAACACUUACAAGCCAAGGAGAGAGAGAUGUAGGGGAUGCUCUCUCUGGGCUUGAAAUGGCUAGAUUACAUUGCCCCCCUGGGCUCUCCUCUAGCUCUUCUUCUCAGUGGACAAGCCCACCUGCACGACCAGGAAUGGUUUACAGGAAAACCAGACCUCUUGUAGAAUGGGAUGAAUCUUUUCUUUUUUCUUUUGGAGGGAGAGCAAUUAUGAAAGGCUGCUUGUGGUACAUCUGUGGGUCACUCUGUAUAGUUGAAGGCGACAUGGCUGGAGCAGGCUGGGUGCCAUUACUCCAUUAAAGUGGGGUUGGGGACUGAUUGGCGCCGUCAAGCAGGCCAAGAGAAGGAAGUGUCUGAGCCAUUGUUGGAAUGAGCCAGAGUGUGCAAUAGGUCCUUGCACCUGAUGGGUUGCUUGGGGGAAUGUUACUCCUUGCCUUGCCAACAUCCACUGCUGCCUUUGCUGCCCGUCUCUCUCUGAAAGGCGAUGCAAUCCUUUGGUCUCUCGGCUUUUUUUUCUUGCACAAUAAAUGUUGACUCUUUAAAAUAAAUAAUAUUCAGGGAUUCUGCUUGGCCCAGAGGGAGCCAAAUGGAACAGUCUUCUGGUUUGUGGAGAGGGAGAAACCUCAGACCAGAUUGCCAUCAGACCCCACAAGGUGGCUGGGACUCACUGUUGCUACCCUGGGGAGGGGAGCUGAGAAAAAGGACUGCCCUCCCUUGCUACUCUAAACACCAUCUUCUCCUUCUAAUACCUGUAUUGCUUCUUCCCUAGUUCCAGGCUCUGUUUUUUCCAAAAUUGUGUAUUAAAAUAGUAAGCCCACCCUCUAACUCCAAGCAGGAGAGUGGAAAUUAAUCUUCCUGGAAGAAGCCACCUAAUUUCCAAAGAGAAAUCAAGUUCCUAACCUGCCUCAUUUUUAUAUGUGGGAAUGUUUGAUCUUCAAAAUCUUCCUGGUUGGCCUCUCCAU